AUGACAAUCACCAGGCCAGACAACGCGUUUCUCGCCUUCUUUUCCUCCGGACAUGCCGACUUUCUGGCUCUUCUCUUGACCACGCCCAUUAGCACUUUGCUUCUGUACUGGUCGAUUAACGACACCGUCUUCUCGGGCUCUCUCCUCCGCUUCAUCGACUCAAAUCGCCCAACGGUACAGUUUGCCGUGCAGCUGAUAGCCAAUCUCCUGUCGCUUUGCCAAAUCCUGGUGCUAUGCAGGCUCAUCAACUAUGGGAUUCGAAGGCAUCUCUCGUCCAACGCGAUGAGGCUGGACUCUCUGAGGGCCUGGAUUGACGCCAUGCAGCCGAGAAUGAAUCUUGGCCUGCCCAUCCGCUUUUUGUUGCCUUUGUCUGCUUUUGUUGCGCUGACAAUGAUCUUAUCGGCGCUCUGGGCCGCUGCGCUGACGCCCGUCCAACUGUGGGAAGACGUCGAGCAAAAUAUCCUUGUUCCAAACUGGGACGAUUCUUCUCUCAUAAAAGAGUAUCCUUCCGAGGUUGGCAAAGAGGGAGCCACGGUACAGAAUCUCAAAGGCCGAUUUUCAUAUUCUGUCGGCAAUCAGUUGCUUGGAAGUCUCCUCGCAAGCGCAUCCUCUGCGACCACGAUCGACGGCUCGCAUAGGAUCCACGAAAAGCUGGACAAGUCCAAGUUCACAUACAUCGGUCGCUCUUACGGCAUUGGUUCAUCGAUAGGGCUGAUGGAUGAGGAAAUCUUGGGUAACAAUCUGGCGCUCGGAUACGCAUUUCAAGAGGCAGGAUACAAGGCCGAUAUCAAUUGCAUCUAUAAUACUUCAAGCGCGUUUUCUUUAUCAUCAACGGUCGUUGACUUGGUCUAUGCUGCGAGCGGGCCUCUGCCCGACAGCGACAACGGCCCCGAGUAUUCGGACUAUAUUGGUCACAAUAUGGAUCGCAUAGUUUCCAUCGGCGUCGCACAUUUCGCAAACGAAUCCGCGACUGUAUACCCGCUUCGAAGAUAUCUGGCAUUCGCGACGGGGUCAAACUACGACUUCUUGAACACGGUCCAGUGCGAGAUUGACUUUAUCCCAACGCUGUUCAACGUCACGGUGGAUCUUCAGGGCCAGAACAUCACUGUCAACGCUACAAAUGACGCCGAAAUCCAAGACAUCAAUCCAAGUAGACGCCUAAAAAGCACAGUCAUGCGCCAAUUCGAACUCAUCGCCAACGACGAGACGAAUCUCUACAUCUCAACUGUUGGGACUGCGUUCAAUGCUUCUAUUACCGAUUUGCGAACUUAUAUCCACUCCUCGAGUCAUCCUGGCCAAUGGUCGGAUACAGAUAUUGUUCUCGCCGCCGUUGAAAACUCCAUUACUGCGAUGACGGAUGAUAUGUUGGGUGCGUAUGGGUCGGCGCAGCUCAUGGUCGGCAACCGAACACAAGGUAUAAACGCUACUGUGCGAGUAACUGCCAUAGCAUUUGGAGGGAUCAAGUACAACAUCGCCGUAUUCGCGGCUAAUAUUACCGUCAUCUUGCUGCUUUUAAUUGAGGUUAUUCGGACCAGAGGAUGGAAAGGCCUUCCCGAUUUUGAUGUCGCAGAUGUACGCCAGUUGAUUAUUGCGGCGUCAGAGGGCGGAAAAGACUUGGGUAAUAUUGCCUUUGGGCAGAGAAGUGACAUUGGAGACGUUUCCAUACGGUACGCAAAAUUGAUAGGCGACCGUUUUGCCAUUGUAGCAAGUUCUGAGACUAAAGAUGCCAUUGUGAUGGAGUACGAAGGGCUGGCAAUAUCAACAAACAGCUCAGUUACAGAACUUGCCAACAUAAUAUAA